UAGAAUUUACCCUCGCGUCUGACUGCUGGCGGGCUGGUAAUGACGUCAGAGGCGAUUGAAAGAGGGUGUGGUAUCAGAGGGGUAGUAUUUUAAGUGUGGAAGGGGCACAGCGAAAAUUGUGUGAAUGGAAACAGGGCGGCCAGUACACGAACACUCACAUAGUGUACGUCUGUGCACUAUGUGGCGUUCAGGUAACUCAUAAGAAACGAUAGUGACAAUAAGGAAUCAAUGGGCUCCACGCAAUCAAGAGGUGUCGACAAGAGAUGUCGUGUAAAACAACACGGGGAGGUGUGAAUGCUAAGCAGAUCUUUGAUGAGAUGCAAAUGAGAUCUGGAGUUUACAACGCGAUCCAUCGAUUAAUCGAUAGAGAAAUAGAUCGGUGUUUAGACGGCUGAUGCAAAUGUAAGGAACAUAACUUUCAAGGCGAGCUUCCUGCGACUCCGUGAAGAGGUGCAUUCCAUUAUUACGUGAAAUAACGCGCAGAGGGCUGCCGUAGCGCGCUCGGCACUGCGUGUGUCUUUCUGUGUGUGUGUGUGUGUGCAGGGGUGGCUGGCAGACACCCGCUUUCGGAUCAUGAGGGCUCCGAGGCUCGACUUCCACACGCUGACUAAACGACUUGUUAAUUUUCUACUACGGCGCAGCGAGGCUGACACGAGGAGCCACUGACGGGCGCGAGGAGGGACUGGGCGAGCAUAUCAAGCAGCGCGUUGCCACGAGCGGAUCGAUAGCAGGGGCACGCGCGGCACGCGGCGGGGGUCAGAACUUCCAGCAAGAAGGAUGCAACUUGCCCGCCGUCGGAAAGGGAGCGUGGCCGCAGUCAGCGCUACCGGCGACACGAAAGUGAGCCAAAGACAAUAAAAAACAAACACACAGCAGGAAUAAGAAUCCGCGCUCCCUGCCUGCUCCCCGAUCUCGGCUUGGCUUUCUCGCUGUCUUUGUGUGAGAGGGAAGGAGAGGAGAAGAGAGAGAGAGAGGGGGAAAAUCAAAGCGGAAUCUCAACUCGAUACCAUGACGAGGAAGGGACUGUAUUUCUUUCUCCUGACAGCCGUUUUUCUGAGUGAACCGCGAUGCUCCCUCUUGAAGACCUCAACGGGAGCCCCCCUCAGCCCCGUCCUCAUCCAUAGCAGCGGGGAAGCCGGCGGCAAAAGGGACAACAACCAGACCUACUUCUCCAGACUCAAGAGGAAAACCCUGUCCGUGGAUUUUGCCAUCCCGUCUCUCUUCCGGACCUACCUGUCUGAGUUGAUAAAGCGCCCGCUGAACGGCGAGUGUCUGGAGCACGACGUGUGCUACACCGUGCGCUCCAACUUGCGGCUGCACUGCGCUCCCUUGCAGAAAACCGUCUCCAGCUUCCUCGACUCCAAGUUGAGGGCGCCGGAGAGCGCCGAGACGCAGGCGGACAACUCCUCAGACCCCGGGCAGCUGCCCUACACACGCCGGCGGCCGCUGUCCAGGGUGCUGAACCUGGGACUCAGCAAAGUCAGCCGGAAAUCGAACCAAGUCGUCAUAGAGAUCGGCGAGAAGGUGGUGCGGGCGGGCUGCGGCGGGCUUCGAGCCGAAGAGGACGGCCCGUCGGUCCCCCUGGAAAUGGACCUGAGCCGGAUGUUGGAGUGGUGGCUGGGGGCCGAAGGGGGCAGGCUAAGGGUCCGACUCAUGCCCGAGCGGAGAGCGCAGAUUCCGGGCAGAGAGGAGAGCUACUCUGCCGCUAUCAGGGCGGCGGAUCCCCGCCUCAUUCUUCAGAUCGCCUCCCGAGGUUCAGACCAGACUGCUGCUGGAGAUCCUGGAGACGCUCCUGGGCUUUCCCGGAGAAGCCACGCUUACUGGAAUUUCACCUGGGCAUCCGAGGACGAGCUGCAGUUCCCCCUCGCCAGUCCGCAGCCGGAGCUCCACUGCCCUGACAGGCGGCCCUGUGCCCAGGAGGACUACCCAGAGUUCAGCUGGAGCAUCACGCAGGCGCAGGGUCUCUGGAGUGACUGGGGAGGCUGGGAGGAAGGUCAGUUCCUGCUGCUGAAUGGCUCGGGCCAGUGGGGGCCCUGGGCUCUGAGCCCCUGGCUGUGGAGGGGGGGGGCGCCCUGCGCCCUGGAGCUGGCCGUCUUCCUGCACCCCCAGCAGAGCGGCCGCUACACCGUCCGGCUUGUGGAGAGACACCAGCCCCCACGCACCAUCCUGAGGACAGAUGCCCCCCGCAGGGCAGGCUGGGCGCUGGUGCGGCUGGCUCUGGGUCUCUCGUGGGCGCCCUUCCGCAUCUCGGCCGAGUACAGUGGGCACGGCGGGCAUGGCGGACAAGCAGACCGGGACACAGCUGCACUGGACCCUCGCUUCUUCACCAACUGCACCUCCGCCUCGCCCCCCAGCCCACGGAUCACCCUGCAGGGCCGGUACCGCUGCAGGUCCGGGCCCGACAUCAGCCUGGGCCAGAUGUGCGACUUCCAGACUGACUGCCCGCAUGGAGACGACGAGGGAGAAAUGUGCCGACAAUUCCACCCUGGAAGCUACUGCUCUUUUGAAGAAGGGGAUUGUGGGUGGCAGACUACAUCUCUGAGUGACGUCUCCUGGGUUGUCCUCAAGUCACAGCCAGGGGGCGCCACUGAUAGCUGUGCAUCCACACAAGGCGCGGUGCUGGCUCUGCACGGCGGAGAGGCCGCGGAGCUCCGGAGCCCGCUCUUCCCCCCGCCGCUCCGGAACGCCCCCUGCCAGGUGCGGUUCCGGCUGUGUCAAAGAGGGCACCAGCAGAGGGCGCUGUCGCUGUGGGUGGUGGAGAACGGCACGGGGCUGGAAGAGAAGCAGAGAGUGUGGCAGUCGGGGGGCAGCACCCAGGGGUGGGGCUGGAGCCUUGUCUCCCUCCCCCUGUACGGAGUGACAGACUGGUUCUGGCUGCAGUUCAGUGCUGACAGAGGAGACGGGUUUGGACCUGCGAUCACCGUGGACAACAUCUCUCUCAGCCCAGAAUGCUUCUUGGCCUCCAAUGGAGACCUUCCACCCCAGGUCACCCCGGUGACGGUCGCCACGGUGCCUCCAGAAGUGACCAAUGAGCACUUGAUGAUCGAUCCGCCAGAAGAGCCUGUGUCUGACCCUGGUAAGACCCCAGCCAGGAACCCAGUUUCAAUGGAGAACCUGAUAUUCAGCACCUGCGGGGCCACAGGGUCACGAGGGCCCACACCCACACAGUGCAGCAACGCCUACCGCCACAGCAAGGUCAACGUCACCGUGGUGACAGAGGGGCCGCUGAGGGGUGUCCAGAUCUGGAGGAUCCCAGCAACCGGCGACUACAGGAUCACAGGUUACGGUGCAGCAGGGGGGCGCAGUGUAGAGGUCACCGAGAGGUCACACGGCGUGUAUGUCGUUGCGGAAUUCCUGCUCCAGAAGGACGAGCUCCUCUACAUCCUGGUGGGCCAGCAGGGAGAGGACGCCUGCCCCAACCCUGACCCCGCCUUCAACCAGCUGUGUCUGGGGGAGAGCAGCCUGACGGACAACAAGACCAGGACGAUGACGGCGGGAGGGGGCGGGGGCGGGGGCGGAGCCACCUACGUGUUCAAGGUGGUGGGAGGGGUCCCGGUGCCCCUGCUGAUCGCGGCCGGGGCCGGGGGGCGGGGCUACAGCAGCGGCCAAUCGAAGGACGAGGAGGAGGAGGAGCUUCUCGAGACCGACCCCUCUGUCCCGGGGCAGAACGGCCGUUCGGGCGCUGCAGGGGGUGGUGGUGGCUGGAAUGACACUUCUCCAGUGCCCUGGGCAGGACAGCCCCUGGUCCUGGGGGCGCUGGGGGGUCAGCCGUGCCCCCAGUCUCUGCCCGGCUGGAAGACCCGAGGGGGAUUUGGGGGCGGUGGAGGGGCCUGCUCCGCAGGAGGGGGAGGAGGGGGGUAUAUCGGUGGCAGCACCUCACAGGACGAUGAUCCCACAGAGGACGGGGGGGAUGGGGUCUCCUUCAUCAGCCCUGAGGGCAAAGCCUACCUCAUGCCUUUGAAAGAGAUUCACCCCCUGAACACCCAGCCCCAUCUCUCUGAGCUAGCCCUGGGCCUGUCCGUGGGCACCUCUGCCCUCAUCGCUGCUCUGCUGCUAACAGUCUCUGCCUUCAUGAUCAGAGGACUGAGGGAUCUGGGGGUCUGGGGCUACAGGAGGGCUCUGGGGUUGGGGUCUGGGGGUCUGGGAGUCUGGGGCUACAGGAGAGCUCUGGGGGUCUGGGGCUACAGGAGAGCUCUGGGGGUCUGGGGCUACAGGAGGACUGAGGGGUCUGGGGGACUGGGGCUACAGGAGGGCUCUGGGGGUCUGGGCUACAGGAGGGCUUGGGGGUCUGGGGGUCUGGGGCUACAGGAGGGCUCUGGGGGUCUGGGGGGUCUGGGGCUACAGGAGGACUGA